AUGGAUAAAAGACUCAUGGAUUCACAUGUAGAAGAUAAUGAAUUCACGUGCAAACACUGUAGCAACACAAUUGCUACAUUGGAUGAUGUUCCUGUUCACGGUUGUUUCUUAGGAAAAGAAGUUUAUAUGCAUAAUAAUAUUUUAUAUACAGAAGUCGCCAGCAAGUCUUCUUUGCAUAUAGUAAAUGAUAUUUUACAAUCUGAAGAAAGUGUUUCUCAAGACGAUCAAGACACAAUCCAAGAUGAAGAUAAAGAAAAUAGUAAAAAGAAGCAAGAUGCAGUAUGGACGAGAAAUAAAACACUUGCGCUUUUAUCGUUAUAUGAAGCAAAUGUCAAUAUGUUAGAUAAUCCUCGAAAAAAAACAAAAAUUUGGGCUACAAUUUCAACAGGUUUACAGGAUUUUAAUAUUAAA